UCCGUCGGCGCGCUGGUGCGGUGUGCUCGGAGAACUCUCGGGGACAAUCGGCGAUCGAGCCGUGCGAGAGCGACGCGCGUCGCGCGCAAGCCAAGCCGCAGCGGGUCUCGCGCCUCGCGGCCAGGCAAAAGAGCCUCAGUUGAGCCGCAAACGCCUGACGGAAAGGUGCUCGCUCGCUCACACUCCACGCACGCAAGCUUCUCGCUCUCUCGAGCUCGUUUUUUUUAACACAUAAUCUGGCGAACUUUUUAUCCUUCGCAAGCGCGUCGUAUCGCUAGUUCGCUCUUCUUGAAAAGAGAGAGAGAGAGAGAGAGAGAGAGAGAGAAAUUUUUUUAUCUGCUCGAUAAAUUUCGAGAUAUAUAAGCGCCUGCAUCGUGGCCGAGUGCUGGCAGUGCGAGUGGUGCUCGGGCAGCCUCUGUGACCAGCGCAAAGUGGUAGCUGACCGAUGAUCACAAUGGGCAUCGCGUGGAUCGAAGUUUGCGCGGUACUGGUCGUGACGCUGCUGUGCCUGCUCACCAAUCUCCCGCAGAGGCUGCUCAGGAGCAUGAAGUACAACAAUACAGACACGGCCAAGGCGAACGGCCCGAAAACCGUGAAAGACAUUCCAGGACCGCUGGGCUGGCCAGUGCUGGGCAGCUCCUGGAUAUUCUUCAGAUUCGUCGGACGGUACAGCUUGGACAGGGCCCACGAGGCAUACAAAGUGCAGAUAUGAGGCAGCGCUUCGGACCGAUCGUCAAGCAGGAGUCUUACUGGAACUGGCCGGUCAUUUCGCUGUUUGGCCGCGAAGACAUUGAGACGAUACUCAAACUCGGCAGCAAGUAUCCGCUGAGGCCAGCCCAAGAGAUCAUAUCGCACUAUCGGCAGUCGAGGGCCGAUCGAUACACCAACCUGGGUCUCGUCAACGAGCAGGGCAUUACGUGGCAGAGAUUGCGAGCUACCCUCACGCCGGAACUAAUGGGGACUAAAACCAUCCUAGGUUUCUUUCCCGCGCUCAACGGCGUGACCGACGACUUCAUCGAUCUGAUACGGAACCAAAGAACCGGAUGCAGUCUGCGAGCAUUCGAGGAACUCGCCUACAGAAUGGGCCUCGAGAGCACCUGCAUGCUCAUGCUGGGCAGGCACUUGGGCUUCCUCAAGCCCGAGUCGGAAAGCUUGAUAACGAGCAAGCUUGCCGACGCGGUGAGGAUGCACUUUCUGGCCUCGCGGGACGCUUUCUACGGGUUCCCGACCUGGAAGCUGUUGCCGAACGCCGCCUACAAGAAUUUGACGCAGAGCGAGGAGACCAUCUACGACAUCAUCUCUGACCUGAUCGAGGAGUCGACGAGGCAGCACGAGGAGAGUGCCCGAGACGAGAGCAUCGAGGCAGUCUUUCUGUCGAUUCUCCGUGAGAAGUCUCUCGACAUACGAGACAAGAAGGCGGCGAUCGUUGACUUCAUCGCCGCUGGCAUACACACGGUGGGCAACACUCUGGUGUUUCUGCUGCACACGAUAGGCAGCAAUCCAGAGGUGCAGAGGCGGCUGAAGGAGGAAGCCGACGCGCUGGUGCCGCCGCGAUGCGACAUCUCCGUGGACCAUUUGAAGGGGGCCGUCUACAUUCAAGCUUUCAUCAAUGAGGUAUUCAGAUUGCUGCCGACCGCGCCCUGCAUCGCACGCAUACUCGAGGAUCCGGUCGACCUCGGUGACUAUCAUCUGGCGACAGGGACGGUGGUGCUGCUGCAAACCUGGAUUGCCGGCCUCGAUGAAGCCAAUUUCAAAGACGCCGACCGGUGCAUACCCGAGCGCUGGCUUCAGCCCGAACUCCACCAGCCGCACGCGGCCCAGCUGGUCGCGCCGUUUGGUUUCGGUAGGCGCAUCUGCCCGGGCAAGCGAUUCGUCGAGCAGGCUCUACAGCUGAUGGUCGCCAAGAUCGUUCGCGAGUUCGACAUCACGGCUGACGACGAGCUGGGACUACAGUUCGAGUACAUAAUGGCGCCGAAGGGUCCGGUAACGUUAUCGUUCCGUGACCGCGUCGACGUGGCGUGAGAUUUCGGCGAGACGUCGGCCACUUUCCACGAGGCUCACUCGCCAACAACAGCCGGGAAAGGGCGCGACGACGACGACAACGACGGCAAUGACGACGACGACGACGACGACGACGAUGACGACGACGCCGACGGUAACGACGAUGAUGUAUCGGCGAGAAACGAGGGGGAACCAAGUAAAAGAGAUUGAGACUGAAAAACCAGCAACGCGCAAUUCGUUCACCGAGAAGAAAGGAUUCACGCGCGCUCUGGCGAAAUGCCUCUGUGCCGUGGCUUCAUUACUCGCCUUUUUUUUUAGCUCCGAUCGGCGUUUCGUUUUGUUUUAUCUCGAUCAACGGCCAAUCCGACUUCUUCUGUUCUGCCCUUUUCUUUUUUCCUCGACAACUCUCGGAUCCGCGAAGCUAAUCGUAUUAAUUUACAGAUCGCGCGCGCGUCUGCUGUCUAGUAUUUAUUCCAGAUGUAAUAGUCAGUGUUUUUUUUCCUUUUUUGUUGAUCGUGCAGAAUGUCGCCAGCGUUUUAUCCGUAUAUACAGUGUGUACGAAUUAUAUUGUAACUAACGAGAAAUCAAAUAUUGUCGCGGGUUAUGUAUACAAAUCGAGAUUAUUUUAACAGCUAUUAGAUCGCAUUAGAUUCCUUUAUCGCGAGCGCACAUGAAUCGCUUGUGUGCGCGAACCCUCAUGUGCGAUACAUAUAGCUCGUUUUGUCUGCGACGAGCGACGAGCUCGCGUUGUUUGUUCAAUUUUUGUAUCGUCGAAUUCAGAUAUUUAUCUAGUUUUUACGUACGUAUGUAUAUAUGUAUACAUAAGUAUAUACAUGUAUACAUACAUACAUACGUGUUUGAAGAAUGUGCGAAUAUGGCAAAACGAGUGUAUACCGUUGUUUGUAAAGAUAGUAGCGUAACGGAAAGAGCAAUAACCCAAUAAAUGGAGAAAGUAGUAGAAAAAAAAUAUUUUGAUAGUCUUUUAAACAAAACAAGUCGCGCGUAGAAUCAUUCGAUUUCCCGCAGUAUUCAUCUCCAGUAGAAAUCGAUUUCUUAGAUCGAAUAAACAAAGCAAUUUAUCAGUGCCUGAUAUUUAUUCCAUUAUCCCAGUGUUGUACUCCUCUAGUUGCACGUAGCGUGAA